AUGGAGAAGCGUGAGAAUCCGGUGCAGAGAUCAACAACAUGCUCGAAAAGGCGGAGAGGACUGCUCAAAAAGGUCGCCGAGCUCAGCUUGCUCUGCGAUGCUAAGGUAGCUGUUUUCGCCUCUUAUCCUAGCAAAACGGAGAAAUUUGAAUCCGUGGGCUACCCCUCCGUCGAUUCCGUCCUCGAUCUCGCAAUCCAUGGUGGCGGCGAGCGAUGCAGUAAUGCUUGGGAAGGAGAGAAGGAGAAGAGGGUUAAAGGGUUGUCAUUGUUGAUGGAUAUUCAGGCUGAUGAAACCCCUGUGAUGAAAUCGGAGAAAGGGGAUGAUACAGCAUUAUGUUGGGACGAAUUCAGUAGAGAGCUAGACGAGAUGGCGAACAGGGGUGACGAUUUGAAGACAAUGCUGGAUGUAUUGCGGAAGGCCAAGGAGAAAGCGGAAUCCAAGUUGAGGGAUUUAGUCGAGCCGAAACUGGGGCGGACUACUGGCUUAGGGGAGUCUAGUUCAUGGAAUCAGAAACAGAGACCGGCUGAAAUCAACAAUUCGACGAAUUCGGAGAGUAAUGAUUUGUGGGUUUGGUCUCACCAACAUGAAACUGAACCUGCAGAAUUGUAUUCCGGUUUUGCUACUGGGAAUGGGAUGUCUGACAAUGCACCGUUCGUCAACAACGCCGGGGAAUUUACAUACCAGAAUCCAGAGCUUCAUCAAGUUGAAAUGUUGAGGAGCAACCAAGAUGAGAUGAAUCUUCAAGCUCAAGGGUUUGGUCUUUCCAAUGCUGGGGAAUUUACGUAUCAGAAUCAAGAGGUUCAUCAAGUUACAAUGUUGAUGAGCAACCAAGAUGAGAUGAAUCGUCAAGCGUACCAGAGUCGAGAGCUUAAUCAAGUCGCAAUGUCGAGGAGCAACCAAGAUGGAAUGGAUCUUCAAGCUCGAGCAUUCGGUCUUCCCAAUUCAGCAACGGUACAAGGGCAUGACGAUUUUAAUGUCGAUGAUCUGUUCUCUCAUGACCUGACUUUAGAUCCUACUGCAUUGUGGGAACUCUUAGACUAG